AUGGCUACUCAACUUGUGCCGCUGCCUGAGGUUGAGCGUUUGAGUACAUCAGUCAUUAGGAUUCUGGCUGGAAAUCCAGGCAAAUUCACAUUACAAGGAACAAAUACCUAUUUAGUUGGCCGUGGAACCCGGCGACUCUUGAUCGAUACCGGGGAAGGCCUCCCCCGCUGGCCUACAUUACUUCAAUCAGUGCUGAAAGAUGAAAAUGCCGUGGUUCACGAGGUGCUUCUGACCCAUUGGCACCAUGAUCACGUCAAAGGUAUUCCGGAUCUACUAAAGAUAUGCCCACAGGCUACUGUCUACAAACACCAGCCGAGUGAAAAAGUAGAAGGGCAGACGGAUAUCAAGGAUGGGCAGGUUUUCAAAGUCGAAGGUGCAACGCUGGAGGCGUUUUAUACGCCGGGGCAUGCUAUUGAUCAUAUGAGCUUCAUUUUCAGGGAAGAGGAUGCCAUAUUCACUGGCGAUAAUGUUCUGGGGCAUGGCACGGCGGUCUUCGAAGACCUGGGCGCGUAUAUCGCUAGCUUGAAGAAGAUGGAGAGAGCUGUUUCCGGGCGAGCAUAUCCAGGCCAUGGAACUGUGAUUGCGGACGCCACUGGGAAGAUAACGGAAUAUAUCAAACAUCGCCAACAGAGAGAAGAUGAGAUUCUCCGUGUUCUCAGGUUUGGACGAUUGGAUGUGGAAUCGUCGCAGCAAGAAAGCCCGUUAUCUCUGUCUAGUUGGACGCCCAUCCAGAUAGUAAAAAUAAUCUAUCGAGAUGUUCCUGAGAGUCUCCAUGUGCCGGCGUCGCAUGGAGUAGUGCUGGUGUUGAAUAAGCUGGAAGCGGAGGGCAAGGUUGAGCAUGACGGCGCGUCGGGAGAAUGGCGGCUGAGCGCACAGAGGCCUGUUUUGUAG